UCUCGUUUUCCUCUGAAACCAUUCAUGAAUAUACACUGCACUGCACACAGAGGUAGACAUACAUACAAAUAUAUAUACACACACAUACAGAGCGGAGUUCUGUAGCUCCCUAGCAUUUGUAGCUACUGUCUCUUUGCUCACGGGCCGUACGGAAGCCCUAAUCCGCUGUUAAUGUUCCUGAUUGCUGCAGCGAUAAGGCCAGCGAUUUUUCUUCUCUUCAACCAAUUCUGUGUUCGCACAGGCUUUGUUGCUGUGGAAUUUUGACUUUGUGUUGAUGCGAUUAGUCUUUUUUCGCAAGGUUGUUUGUCGAUUUAUCGCGACAGAAAUUCUAUCCGAUAUCCAUAGUUCUGCGUAUCUGAUUCCUCCUGCAGGGGACAAGGCAGGAGCAACAAAAGGAUUUGAUUUGUGUGGAAACAUUUUAAUUUGGCUGUGAUCGGAAAAAAGGCAGGGAUUUGUGCAUGAAAUCGCCGGGAAAAUGUUAGAAGAAUCCCGGAGGAAUUCGGAGGAGUUGAUUUCAGAAGGAUUGUACUCGAGCAAGAGUUCGAUGAGUAGCGACACGACGACAAGCCAUUGCACCAGCUUCAGCCGGCUCUCGUUCGAGCUUCCGACGAGCUCUCCGGAGGAGCAGGCUGCACUGAAGCCUCACCGCUCAUCGGACUCCUUAUUUCAGGCGAUUCGCCUGAAAGAAAAUCUAAGCUUCCGCGAUUUUAGCUUGGUGAGGCAGAUCGGCAGCGGAGAUAUAGGUCGAGUUUAUCUAUGCCGCCUGCGAGGAACGGCGGAUGAAGGACGGUUUUACGCCAUGAAAGUGGUGGACAAGGAGGUGCUGGCGUUUAAGAAAAAGACUCACAGAGCGGAGACGGAGAGGAAGAUCAUGCGGAUGUUGGAUCAUCCAUUUCUGCCCACUCUUUACGCAGAAUUCGUAGCUUCUCAUUUUUCCUGUGUCGUCAUGGAGUAUUGCUCCGGCGGCGAUUUGCACACUCUCCGCCAUAAGCAGCCGCAGAAACGCUUCUCUGUCAGUUCGGCAAGGUUUUAUGCCGCUGAAGUACUGGUUGCUCUAGAAUAUCUCCACAUGCUGGGCAUAAUCUACAGAGAUUUGAAGCCGGAAAACGUCCUGGUUAGAUCCGACGGUCACAUUAUGCUCACAGACUUCGACCUUUCCCUCUGCUCCGACGCAGUCCCCGCCGUGGAAUCCCCCGACUGUUCGCCGGAUGACGCACCAUCCUCGCCGAGAUCAUCCAACGGCUUCCGCUCGCUCACCCCAUUCUCCUGCAUCUCCGACCGUCUCUUCCGGUCUAGGAGGGUCCAAACCGUCGCCGCAAACCGGACGUUCGUGGCGGAGCCGGUGUCCGCCCGGUCCUGUUCCUUCGUUGGGACCCACGAGUACGUGGCGCCUGAGGUGGCGUCUGGUGGGUCCCACGGAAACGCCGUUGAUUGGUGGGCCCUGGGGAUCUUCAUCUACGAGAUGAUAUAUGGACGGACGCCGUUUGCCGGCGUUAACAACGAGGCUACGCUGCGUAACAUUGCGAGGAAAUCUUUGGCAUUCCCCGCCGACGCGCCCUGCUCCACCACUGAGGCCCACGCGCGGGACCUCAUAUCCGGGUUACUCAAUAAGGAUCCGACCCGGAGGCUCGGGUCCAGACGCGGGGCGGCGGAUGUUAAGACCCACCCGUUUUUCAAGGGGCUGAACUUGGCGCUAAUCCGGUCCGUGGCGCCGCCGGCCGUCGCCGGAAUCCGGCGGAAAGGUUCAACGGCGUCAUUUAAAGUGUUCUGAUUCUUACCUUAAUUAGUUACUUAUUAUUACGUUCAUGUAAUCAUGUGGCCGGCCGGUUAAUUAUCAGUAACACAAAAUAAUAUAUAUAUCUAUAUAUUUAUGUUUCAUUGGAUAUUAUAUUUAAUUUAGCCUAGUGAUAAA